AUGCAAUGCAGUUUCGUUUUCCUUUUGGACCAAAAGUAGCCAUCAUGACUAAGACUCUAGGUUUUUAGAUUCAGCAUAUGAUGCGCAUUUAUUUAAUGGGCUCACCCACUUGUAGCGUGAUUUCGAGAUACGUUGGCGGGACAUCAACUGCUCGGUCAUUGAUCCCACCACUGCUGAGCUCUUCAAGUGCAAUAUUGUGGAAAUGCCGAAGAAGCAGGGAAAUUUCCUAAACACCUUGCUCCUGCUGCGUCGACCGGUCCAGAAGAUGUGGGUGGAACUGAGUGUUGGACAGAUUGCCAAUCGAAAGGAUCGCUUGCUUCAGCAAUUACUCAAAAUUCGUGUAGAUGGCUGUCAUCUGAUUAGCUUUCGCAGCAAAAAUCGCAUACUGAAUGCCGUUCUCAAGAAACUUUUGCAAUCGGGAAACUAUCCAGAUGCCUGUCCCCUAUUGGCGGUAAGUUAUAGAGCUAAUAUAUCUAAAUCCAUCACUAUUAUUAGCAAUUCCAAUCACGUUGCAUUGCAAUAUGCAAAUUAAUGAUGGAUCAAGUAAACAAUUGAUUUUUUGGCGAUGCAUUUCAAUCAUAGUUGGCCGCAUGUUGGGCCCAUUUGACUUGACAAAAACUUGUUUUGUGGUUUAAAUAAAAAAUCACUUGUCCGUCGGGCUUAGUAUUUAACCUUUUAUGGCUUCAAGCCAAACCGCAGGUAAAGGUGGAAAAUAUAAAAAUGUUUGUUAAUGAUAAAGAAUAUUUGACUCAAGGGAAUGAUUUAUUUAUGGAAAAGUAUAUUUUGGUUAUAGAUAGACCACUCCUAUAUACUUUUAUUACAGUGUUCAAUUUUAUUUCCCAUCAGCAUUAGACACACCCUCAAGAACAAUAUUAUAAAAUAUAUAAACAAUAUUUCUAUGUCAAUAGAACUCAAACCCAAAAUAGAACCCCAAAACACCUGAUUAAACAUUCAUUUCUGACCUACUCAAAGUCGAAAAUCUGAUGAAAAUUUCCCAUGAUCUUUAUCUUUACGAUCUGCGCGUAAAUAGAGCAACAAAUUAGUCAAAUGUUCUUGCAAAUAAACGAGGCUAUCAAUACGAUGGUUCAAAAAUACACCGCUAUCAUUAAAAAACGGGGAAAAAUAAACAAAUCAAAUAAAUAAACACAUCAAUUGCGCAUUAACCAGUUGGAAAAGCCAGAGCGCAGUUCCAACGAAACGAAAACUUGGAAAUCCAAACCGAAAUCGAUUUCCAAAUACAAGCAUAUCAUUUUCAUUCCAAUAAAAAAAAAGCUAACCAGCAGGUUCCGUAUCUUUUUAUCCACAGAAUGUCAACUAUACGUCCACGCGUUUUGCCCUCAAUCCUGAUCAUUUUCCGGCCUACAUGCCGGACAUGAGGUUCAACACGAAAUUGGUCUUUCAGCUGAGCAGGAAUAUUGGCCUGAUCAGGGCCAGUGUGGAUGCCGAGGUGAUGAGACGAUCGUAAAGUGAAAUAUUUCAAUAAAGCAAAAAACAAAAAACAAAAAGAAAAACACUGAGAAAUGUACAUAAACCAGGGGCAAAUACUUCAAUAUAUUUAUGCGUUGCCAUGACUAAGUCGA